AUGAAGAAUAAAUCUGCACGCGAGCCUGCGAAGGCGCAACAGCCAUAUACUGACGCAAAGAGGCCCCGAAAGCGUACCACCAAGGCUCAGAAAUCUAUUGCGGCGCCUAGCUUGCCACCACCGCCGGGUCUCUCUCCCGCGCAGCUGGCAGGACGCGCUCCCGGGGCCGUGCAAUAUCGCAAACUCUGCAUCGAGCAAGCCCGCAAGCUUCAUCCCGACAUAGAGCCUCGAAGUGAUUACGACCUUGAACGACUUACAAGCAGACCCUUCAAGGGCACGCCCGCGGAGAUCUACGAGGCCCUUGACAAGGAUCUUGCGUCCAAUGUCCAAGCGCACGGAUACGAAUUCAUUAUGGACGCCGCAAGGAAGGUUAUGGACAAUUAUAUCGAACCCACCGGGAUAAAACCGGGAACCUCGAUCUACUUCGACGACAAGUUCGUGUUCGUGCGGCCGAUCCCCGACUCCGAGUACUCGUUCAGGCUGUUUCCCGGAUCCUUCUCCGCCGCCGAGUACUGCAUGGACUUUGUCGACACCGCCACCGGGGAACCCGUCAACUCGCCCUUCGAGUACGAGCUCUGGGGCGUACCGGAUCCGGACGCCCCGUGGCUUUCCAUGCCUAUAACCGGGAGGCUGCACUCGAUCGAGCGGGCACACGGCAUCAAGCAGAAGGACAUCGUACCCGGGGAAGAGAAGUUCGUCCUGCGGGAUGGGCAGACGUGCGUGCUUAUGCGUCCUGGGAAACGCCCCCUGCGCUUUACGGUCCCUUUGCGCAAAGCGGAGACCAUACCUGUGGUCGAAGAUGUAGAUGUGGCCGACUUGCCGAAAGUUGUCGGCCCGUAA